GUGGCCUUCGGGGUGCGCCUGCUGCAUUGCGAGCCUCUGGGUCCCUGGCUCUGGGAACGGUCCCCUCCGCCCCAGCCACGUGGCCCAACCUCCCAACCUGGGGUUCGGAGGUCCAAAGUGAAGCAGCUCCUUGCCGUUACCCUUCUGCCUUUGCAGAGACCGCAAGCAAGCAAGCAGCAGCCGCCUCCGCUCCCACCCCGGCGAGCCCAAGAGUCAGCCCCAGGAGCCUGGGGGAAGCAAGUCUCCUCCUGGAUGGGGCUGCUGGUGCCCAGCCCCGCUGCAGGCAGCGGCGUGGGAGCCGGGACUGAAGAGGUUAAUGAGCAUCUGCCUCCGAAUGUUAAUGUGUCUAGGUGAUGUCAGUGGGAGCCGCGAGGGAGUGCGAGAGCUUUGGGCUGGGAGGCAGCGGAGGCUGCCGGCUGCCGAGGAAGACCCCUCCGGCCUGCGGAGCUCGCGCUCCAGGACUGGGCGGCCAAGGGCGCUGGAGGCUGCCGCAGCCUGCGUGGGUGGACGGGAGCUCAACUCCGGGGGCGCAGGCGACUCGCUCCGGCUGCAUGGACCUGCAAGCCGUGCCGCUGCCCACUGGCCCCAAUGCCAGCAACACCUCCGAUGGCCCAGACAACCUCACCUCCCCCGGGUCUCCUCCACGCACCGGGAGCGUCUCCUACAUCAACAUCAUCAUGCCUUCGGUGUUCGGCACCAUCUGCCUUCUGGGCAUCGUGGGGAACUCCACUGUCAUCUUCGCGGUCGUGAAGAAGUCCAAGCUGCACUGGUGCAGCAACGUCCCCGACAUCUUUAUCAUCAACCUGUCUGUGGUGGACCUGCUGUUCCUCCUGGGCAUGCCCUUCAUGAUCCACCAGCUCAUGGGCAACGGGGUGUGGCACUUCGGGGAGACCAUGUGCACCCUCAUCACAGCCAUGGACGCCAACAGUCAGUUCACCAGCACCUACAUCCUCACCGCCAUGGCCAUUGACCGCUACCUGGCCACCGUCCACCCCAUCUCUUCCACCAAGUUCAGGAAGCCCUCGGUGGCCACCCUGGUCAUCUGCCUCCUGUGGGCCCUCUCCUUCAUCAGCAUCACCCCCGUGUGGCUCUAUGCCAGGCUCAUCCCCUUCCCGGGCGGCACCGUGGGCUGCGGCAUCCGCCUGCCCAACCCGGACACGGACCUCUACUGGUUCACCCUGUACCAGUUCUUCCUGGCCUUUGCCCUGCCCUUCGUAGUCAUCACUGCCGCCUACGUGAGGAUCCUGCAGCGGAUGACAACCUCAGUGGCCCCCGCCUCCCAACGCAGCAUCCGGCUUCGGACAAAGCGGGUGACCCGCACGGCCAUCGCCAUCUGCUUGGUCUUCUUUGUGUGCUGGGCGCCCUAUUACGUGCUGCAGCUGACCCAGCUGUCCAUCAGCCGCCCGACCCUCACCUUCGUCUACCUGUACAACGCGGCCAUCAGCUUGGGCUACGCCAACAGCUGCCUCAACCCCUUUGUGUACAUCGUGCUCUGCGAGACCUUCCGCAAACGCCUGGUCCUGUCCGUGAAGCCCGCGGCCCAAGGGCAGCUUCGCGCCGUCAGCAACCCUCCGACGGCUGAUGAGGAGAGGACAGAAAGCAAAGGCACCUGACCCGCCCCCUGUCCCCCGGACAUCUCCGAGUCGGGUCACCGCAGCAAGUCGUGGGGACAGAUGCCGAGAACAUGCCAGGGCUGCCCUGGGGGAAGGCAGGGAGGUCGGGGGGUGAGGGGUUGUGGCAGCUGCCCGAUCCACGGGGUCCACGCCCGCUGGGGAGGCUUGGAGCCAGGGCAGGGGGCUGCAGACAUCAGGAACCAUCUUGGGGGAGCAGCAAGAGGCUUUGGCAGAACAGAAGUUGACCAUGAAGGAAACUGGUUUGAACGUCCUGCUGAGCCCUGCAUUUGUCAGCUCCCAAAUGUCUUUUUCCCUGGGGAAGAAGUGGGUUUGUGGGGCCCUGGAGGGGUUGGGAAAGAUGGCCUGGCCUGGCCGCUCUCCCAGUCUCCCAUCACUGUGCUAGAAGGCAGCCUUUUUCCCAAGCUGGUGGCUGAAGGCCCUUGAAGCCUGCCGGCGCUGUGGGGUCCCCUGUCUAUCCAGGGGAUGCUUGCGCGUGUUGGGGAGGGGGCUCUGACCCUACAGGAGUUGAAGGUGACCUGGGUGGGUGUGGGUGUGGGUCUUGAAACUCACACAAAUGGGGGAGGGGACUUCUGCGCCGUGGGGACAUUUUCUUCACGGGACACGUUCACGCCAGUGGCGGAUCUGCAGUGGGCGUCCACAUGUCCUGCACGUGUGGGGCUUCAUUCCAGCACCUGGGGUGUGGACACCAUCUUUCCUCUCCAGAAUCAAAAUGAAUAAAAGAAAAUCU